AUGUCUUUUAACUUUGAAAAGGUUACCUUGGGGAACACUUUCAAAGACAAGCCCACGAGCAAGUCAUUACCGCUUUUUUACAAAAACAAAGCACCAUUUACACCCCUGAAUAAUAAACAAAAACGGAAAGUGAUGUUAUUAAAGGGGUUCAUAUUCCUGGUGGCUCUAUAUAUUUUGUACUUUUUGGUUUCUCGUGAGUUUUCCCCCAAAUUUCAAAUCCUCAGCAAUGAAAUUGAUUGGAAAGCAGCUCAACAGGAGGUUCGCAAGGCUACGUUAGAUUCGUGGCACACAUAUGAGAAGUACGGCUGGGGCACUGAUGUCUACCACCCAUUACUGGAGAGAGGCGAGAAUAUGGGACCAAAACCACUAGGCUGGAUGAUUGUAGACUCAAUUGAUACCUUGAUGAUUAUGGGAUGUCAAGAGGAGGUGGAGAGAGCGCAAAAAUGGAUCAAAAAUGACUUAAACUAUAAAUUUGACUACUAUGUCAACAACUUUGAGACAACCAUUCGAAUGUUGGGCGGUUUGCUAUCAGCUUUCCAUUUGAGCGGUGAAGAUUUGUACUUGGACAAAGCAGUCGGCCUUGCAAAUUCCUUACAUGGAGCAUAUGACACUCCAUCGGGCAUCCCGUACUCCUCAGUCAACUUAAAAACCGGGGUAGGAAUCAAAAAUCACGUUGAUAAUGGGGCAUCGUCUACUGCCGAAGCAGCCACUGUUCAGUUAGAGUUAAGAUAUUUGGCAAAAUUGACCGGUGAAGUUGAUUGGUGGAAAAUCUCCGAAAAGGUUAUGAAGGUUUUGGAAAGUAAUAAGCCAAAAGAUGGGUUGGUUCCAAUUUACGUUAGUACCGAUACUGGUAAAUUUCAAGGUAGUUUGAUCAGAUUGGGCAGUAGAGGCGACUCGUAUUAUGAAUAUCUUGUGAAACAGUAUUUGCAGACUAAGGAAAAGGAAACAGUAUAUUAUGACAUGUAUCGCGAGGCAAUAGAUGGAAUAAGACUGAAAUUGUUGAGAAAAUCGUACCCCAACGGCUUGUGGUUUAUAGGGGAACUAGAUCGAGGAGUGUUUAGCUCCAAGAUGGACCACCUUGUCUGUUUCCUUGGUGGAACUUUAGCAGUUGGCGCCACAAAUGGAUUACCAUUAAGCAAGGCAAAAGAGAAAGAGUGGUGGAAUAAAAAGAGAGAGGAGGAUUUUGAAUUUGGAGAAGAAUUAACCAAAACUUGUUAUAUGAUGUACAAAGAAACAGAAUUGGGACUAUCACCUGAGAUUGUUGUGUUUAAUGAGGAUGAGCUGAUAGAGAGAGAUUUUACAAUCAAAAAAGCCGAUACCCAUAAUUUGAUGCGACCUGAAACAGUUGAAUCCAUAUUUUACUUAUAUAGGUUGACAGGUGACUUGAAAUACAGGAAAUGGGGCUACGAGAUUUUCCAGAGCUUUAUGAAAUACGCCAAAAUUGUUAAUAAAAACGGUGAUAUUUCAUUUGCUUCGUUACAAGAUGUCACUCUGCUUGAUAAUGAGGGACUGCCAAAACUUCGAGAUAAUACGGAGAGUUUUUGGUUCGCUGAGACGUUGAAAUAUUUGUACCUCUUAUUUGACGAUACAAACAAGGUCCCAUUGGAUCAGUAUGUCUUCAACACAGAGGCACACCCAUUCCCAAAAUUUGACUUGAAUGAGCAUUUGAAAACUGGUUGGAAGAGAAGUUAA